AUGCCUUUUGGGUUGACAAAUGCACCUGCAAAUUUUAUAGACUUGAUGAAUAGAGUGUUUCAACCUUUCCUAGACCAAUUCGUCGCGGUAUUUAAUGAUGAUUAUUUGGUUUAUUCAAAGAAUAAAGAGAACCAUGCAGAGCAUUUGAGAUCAGUAUUAGUAUUUGAGUUUUGUCUGGAGAAGGUAGCAUUUUUGGGACAUUUCGUAUCUAAGGAAGGAGUGGAGGUAGAUCCUGCAAAGAUUGAAGCUGUGAAGGGGUGGCCUACACCGAAGAAUGUGUUGGAUAUUCGAAGCUUCUUAGGCCUAGCUGGAUAUUAUAGAUGGUUGGUAAAGGAUUUUUCGAAGAUAGCUAGACCUAUGACUUCAUUGAUGAAGAAGGAAUUUAAGUUCAUUUGGAGUGAUAAGUGUGAAGAAUCGUUUCAAACCUUGAAGAAGAGUUUGACUACAACACCAGUGUUGACUUUACCUGAUGGAAGUGGUUCUUAUGAUGAAUAA